GAGUCUAAACCGCUCAUUGUUCACUAAAGCUGAAAGCAAAAUUAAUCAUCAUGAGGCUGUGGGUGUCUCUUCUACUGGUCACUCUGGCUCUUUGCUGCUACCAGGCCAGUGCAAUAGUCUGUCCAGCCGUUGUUAUUGAUAUAGAAAACUUCUUAACCAUGCCUAUGUGGCUUUUUGAGAAGACAAUUAAAGUAUUUAAUGCACCAGCAGAUGCUGUUCAGGCAAAGUUGCAAGUGAAGCAAUGCACGGAUCAGAUGCCCAGAGAAGACAUACGCAAAAUUAAACACAUAUUGGUGCAAAUGCUUCCUAAGUGUCUCUAAUUGCAAGAUAUUAUAUUCUGUUUCCACUGUCCUCCAAUGAUACCUAAUUUCCAAUGCAAAAUGUAAAGGUUUCAACGUCUUGCUUUAAUAAAUUACUUGC